AUGGCAGCAACACGAACAAAGGAAAAUAGCGACAGUUUCAAUUUUUUCAAAACACCCUUAAGAACACCAUUACGUACUCCUAUUCAUGGGAUGUUAUCGUCGGUAACAUUAAAUGACCUACCAUCGUAUUCAAGUAAAAAAUUAUCAAAAUUUUCGUCGAAUAAUGAUGUUUACAAUAAUAACAACAACCGAACACCAUUACGUACACCAGCAACAACAACACCUCUAUCGUCUUCACGUCGUGCAUUAGCUUCAAUUAAUCAUAAUACUCCAUUUAGUAUGAACGAUUUUUUCCUAUCAUCGUCAUCUGAUUCAUCUGUGUCUUUAUCAGCACCGAUGAAAAAACAGCAACAAUCAACAUCGAAUACAACACAACAGGUGGAUGAUGAUGAAAAUGUUUUACUUGAUCCAAAUGAUUGUGAUUUAUCACAUAAAUGUCCUCGUGAAGAAGAUACAUUUGAUGAUUUAAUACCAGAAUAUGAACGUAUCGAACGAAUAUUACCACUAUUUCAAGGUGUUAAUAUAAGCAAUUAUAAUAUUUAUGAUGAAAACUCAAUACGAGGCUUACCAUCACCAACAUUAUUAGCUUCAAAAGAGAGAAUAUUUGAUGGCAGUGAUGAUAAUAAUAACACGAUUAUUGAUUUAGAUUGCGAUAUUGGAUUAAUUGAUGUUGGACAUUUCGAUGAUGAUGAAUGA